AUGAGGUUCAUCUUCUGGCUGAGGUACAUGGUCAAGACAGCUGCAUUUCGUUCGUACAGGGGUCUCUUUCAUGUCUUCCUGCGAUUGAUCCGAUACUGCCAAUCUAUCGUGAAUGGGAAGGAGGAAGAUUUCCGACAAUGGCCCGGCGGUUUAGCAUUGAGCUCUCAGCUAGGGACCAACCAACCUGACUUCCAGCCGGCGCCUCCUGUGAGCCUCGCAGUGCCGUUGCUCGAGGCACCUCCACAUAGUCUACUCAGCCGAGGAUCCCAGCCUCAAACGGAUAUCCAGAAUCUUCAGGUGCUGACUCCCGGCAUCUCCGAACUAAUUAUCACCACGCCAGACCAGAUGUUUGAUAUCACUCUUAUUCCCAUUACACCACUUGAGGUCAACCGACACGGGAGGAAUGUGCGAGUUAAAGAUGAGUACGAGGCUUUCUUGGUCGAGAAAGGUCCUUUGGAUUGUUCAGAGGAGCUUGCUCCGGUAGCGGGAUGGGAGCCGCUCACGCAACCAGAAGGGGCUAUGAUCUUCUAUCAGCCAUAUAAAAGAGUUUUCACGGAUGUUGAUGUUCGAGAUCCUCAAAUUAUAGUCAAAAUUGACAAAGCUGUUGAGAAGGCGUAUCAUGAAGCGCGCAACGCGAGCAUCCCCUUGGAUCCAUUCGUCGAGCUAGGGUUAGAGCUUAUUGUGAAGGACGGUGAAGAGAUGUGGGGCUAUUACUUUGUUGACCAUAAAAAACGUGUCAUUUUCUGGUUCGAAGAUCACAGAUCCGAUUCUCUCAUGAGCCGCAUCCGAGGGGUAGAGCGAAAAAGUCAUAUCAAGUAUGCACUAGAAUCACAAUACUGGCGACACAUUGAGCUAUUUCCAAACAGACGCUUCCUUCCGGAAGACAUUGUUGUGGAACUCAAAGAAUUCGUCAUGUAUGCUCAGGCAGACAAUAUCACUUCUCAAACAUCGGUAGUACCAUUUACUUCGGACGAGAUCGCAAGUAUUCUCAGCCUCGUCCAUCUUCUUAGAAGUGAGUUGAUCCCUAGUGCUAACAAGAACCGCGAGCAUUCCGUGUGGAUCGCAGCUCGAAUCAUGAAAUAUCUCUGCACCCGACUUGACGUAGAGAAAUCGUUGUACGGAAAAUCCGAUGCCCCCAAAACCAAGCUUUCUCGUACCAUUAAUGCUAUGAUCGGAAGAUGGCAAGAGAGCAAGGCCUUCCACAAAGUAUGGGUCGAUGGAAGGAUCGUUCAUGCGCGGUGGGAGCAGUACAUGGACAAGCUGAAUAGCGAUUGGAAUGGAUAUACGAUAUUUUCUACUGUGAUGGUUGCUGUUGAUGUCAGCUUUCUCGCAGUCCCAUCCGUCCAGACUCAAGAUGAAGUGAUCAUACUACUUUACACCUCUACCUUCUCCGCCAUGUGCUCGUUGCUCAUUACGCUAUCGCUGGUUACACAAGUUAAUGAGCAAUUACGAGGCUCCAAUACAGCCGUGGUUUCUUAUCUAAGCAGUAUGGCGGCGGGUUCUGUGCUUGACUCGGAAAGCUUUCCAUUUAUGCUCAGUCUGCCGUUCGGAUUUUUGGUGCUUGAGUAG